UGAAUUUAAAUAAAUAGCAGAGAAAAAUUUAAUUCUUGCUGAGUUUCACCCUAUUUAUGGUGAUCGAAGUGCGUUUUACAACACUGGUACGAACAGCCGUCCAAAGCGAGAAGCAAACAGCGGCAACCAAAAUAGAAAGAAAAGCCCAACUGGAAAACAUUAAGAGAAACAGAAUUUUUUAUACGUAUGUGUUUAUUGCUAUGUCCAAGCGCAAUAAUAUAACCUACGUGAAGCCACAGGAACCCAGUUUUUUGGCCAAGCUCAAGGCGGAAAUCGGCUACAAGGAGGGGCCCACCGUCGAAACAAAGCGCCAGAGACUAGAGGAAGGUGAUCAGGAUCAGGAGGACUACGAUUCUAGUGAGGAGCGACCGGAGCGUGAAGACGAAAAGCCACAAAUUGUGGUCCUAGCGCGUGGGGAUCUCACGGCUGACGAGGUGGCCCUCGAGCAGCAGCGCAUAGCGAAAGAAGAAGCUGAAAGGCCUGCGGAUUUAAGCCAACCCAUUGUGUUUAAGCAGCGGGUUAAGCAGCCUAAAAUCCAAACUGAGGACGAAACAGAGAAGUCGGAUAAACCGCAGAAAUCGAAGGAUAAAAAAAGCAAAAAGUCAAAGUCGAGCAGCAGCAGCAGCAGCAAAUUGUCAUUCAACGAAGACGAGGAGGACGCCGAGGCAGGCGAGGAGUGAAAUAUAUAAAA